AUGGCCUCAUCAAAGCUCAAAACAUUUUCAUUCAUUUUAUAUGGCGUUGUUACUUUUUUGUUGCUAUGUGCUGUUCUUAUACUCAUUUUCAAAGAUGAUAAAUCAAAUUGUCCAAAACAAAAAAUUUCUAGUGCCGAAAUAUCCAAUCUGUUGAAUGAUACAUUAUCAACAGCGUCAAGUGAACCGGCUGUUAAUAAUAAAAAUCCUGAACCAAUAAAAGAAUAUAAUUUUGUUGGUGAAUAUGAGCUAGUUAGUAGCGAUAAUUUUGAUGAAUUCUUAUCCGAAUUGGGUAUCGGUUAUUUUACACGUUUGGCUGCAACGGCAGCAUCAUCACGUUAUUUUAUUACAAAAGAUGGUGAUUCAUAUACAUUGAAAACUGUGUCAACAUUUGGCAAUUCAGCCAUUACAUUCAAAGAUGGUGUACCAUUCGAUGAAGAUCGUUUGGAUGGACAAACAGUAAAAUCAACCAUGCAGAUUAAAGGCAACAAAUGGAUACAGAAACAAGAAGGUGAAGGACCAGAUGUUCAUAUUAUUCGUGAAUUUUCACCAGAACAGGUUAAAGUUACUUCAAUUGUCAAUGAUGUUGCUUCAGUACGAAUAUAUAAAAAAAUUGCCUAAUUAAGAAUGAUCUUCAUUCGUGUUUCCAAUCAUCAUCGAAUUAUUUAUUUUGUUAACAAGAAAAAAACGAAGAAGAAGAA